GCAGCUUCACAAUGUUUGACCUGAUAACAAAAACAUUUGAUCGACAAAAGGGGCUAGGGACACCAGAGGUGCAAACCUGCAAAGUUUAACACAAAACUAAGUUGCUUGGCAAUUACGUAUUUGAUUGUUGACUUUCCCAUCAUCAGUUUCCAGUAGGGUGUUGUUGCACUCACCUGUCCCAACAGCAGCGUCACUCAACCAAUGACAUUUUCUGUCCUCAUCAACUUGAAAGCUUAGACGGCGAUUUUGCCCUUUUGCUUUACUAUGCUCGAUGUACAGCAGCGUCUAGAAAUAUAGGAAUAACAGACCAUACCAGCACACACAUGGAGUGACUUUGUUACAAUAAUGACAGUACAUGUAGAAUUGGUUGCUUCCAAGCUGGAGCUGUAGGCAGCAACACACCGCGCUGGUGUUUUCCCAUCCAGGGGUUGUCUGCUCCGCUCUGUGACUUUUGACCUCUUCUCUCCUCCAGGCUCCCGGCUUGUUUGAACAGGCCGUUCCUGCUUGGCACAAAAGGCCUGACGAUGGCCGCUGCAGUUUAUUUAGUUUAUUUAGCUCUGUCUGAAGACUGCACAUGGUUUUCUUUUUUUUUUAUUCCAGUGGUCAGAGCUGGCUUAUUGGGGUCAAAUGGCUGUUAAGAUGAUCUGACACAUCCUGCUCUUCCUCGAGGACAUUAUAGGACUAUAACACCCAUAUGAAAACGACCAUAUUAGACACUCGACAUGCAUGCACGUAAAAAAAACAAACAGUGGAAGGACAACUGUAGAAUCCAUGCUCAUGGUUGAAGCGUUGCUCUGUUGUGGAGGAGACUUUGAACGCACCAGUAAAUAUGUGACGUGUGGGUGGAGCUGCAGGUUCAGAACUGCUCUUCCAGCUCUCAACCCCCCCACCAACGAACCGCCAGCAGGAAACGCAUCCGAAAGCUUCUGAUGUUUGCUAUUUUAAAACAACAGAUUCCUAACGAUGCAUGCAUCUACCUACAGCCCUUCGGACCUUGGUUUGAUGUUUCAGUUUUUGAAAUAGCAGCCACAAGGGUCGAAAAACGACCACUUCGGUGGAAAGAGAGACCGACGACACACUGCUCUCUUUAAAAAAAAAAACUUACCCUAAAGUUCUCUUUAUGGCGUGUUCAAAAUGACUCAUUUGAACUUGGGGAACGAAAGCAACUAUGGGAUUUAUUUUGCUGAAGAUCUUAAUGGAUCUGUUCCGGACCAAUUAUUUCCAAACGACAGCAUCGCGACGUGCCCGAACUUCACUGUGGACUCGCAGGUCGUCGGGGUCGGAAUAUUUCUCUUCGUUUUUAUUUCCGUGGCAAUUCUUGGCAACAUUUUGGUCAUCCUGUCUGUCGUGUGCAAUAAACAUCUGCAGACUGUCACAAACUUCUUCAUCGUCAACUUAGCCAUGGCCGACCUGCUGUUGAGCAUCAUUGUGCUGCCCUUCUCUGCGUCUCUGGAAGUUCUGGGAUGCUGGGUGUUCGGCCGGGUUUUCUGUAACAUCUGGGCAGCGGUGGACGUGCUCUGCUGCACCGCAUCCAUCCUCAGCCUCUGCGUCAUUUCCAUCGACCGGUACAUAGGUGUCAAACACUGUCUGAAAUACCCGACUAUCAUGACGGAGAAGAAGGCCAUCGCUAUUUUGGGGCUGGUCUGGGUGUCGUCCGCGGUGAUCUCCGUCGGACCGCUCCUGGGAUGGAAGGAACCGCCGCCGGUGGACGACAGAAUCUGCAGCAUCACGGAGGAGCCCGGCUACGCGCUCUUCUCCUCUCUCUUCUCCUUCUACCUCCCGCUCAUGGUCAUUCUCAUCAUGUACUUUCGGGUGUACGUGGUGGCCCGCAGGACCACCAAGAGCCUGGAAGCGGGCGUCAAGCGAGAGAGAAACAAGUCGGUGGAGGUGGUGCUGCGGAUCCACUGUCGCAGCAGCGUGCUGGAGGACGCGCGCCGCUCCAGCUCGAAGAGCAACAAGAACCAUCCGUUCCGAAGUUCGCUGUCGGUGCGGCUGCUGAAGUUCUCCAGGGAGAAAAAGGCUGCUAAAACCCUCGCCAUCGUCGUGGGGAUGUUCACCUUGUGCUGGCUGCCGUUUUUCUUCGUUCUCCCCAUGGGUGCCCUUUUUCCAGCAUUGAAGCCAUCAGAAACUCUGUUUAAGGUAGUCUUCUGGCUGGGCUACUUCAACAGCUGCAUCAACCCUAUGAUCUACCCCUGCUCCAGCAAAGAGUUCCAGCGUGCCUUCACUCGACUGCUCAGGUGCCAGUGUCGGCAGAGACAGAAGGUCCUGCAUCGCUUCUAUGACCACAGGUGGCGGGCGGCCGUCAAGGGAAAGACAAGGGAUCAGAGGGGAGACUGUAAGCCUGGCCAUUUAGCGCACAAAACCUGUGGCGAGUCUCCGUUUCGCAAGGGAAAAGGGCCCUCGCUGGGUUUCAAGAGAUGGAGUCUGUUUCCACCUCUGCAAAAAUCUUCUUUUCAGCUGAAAGAGAAAGUGAACAAUCUGUCAAAUAAAAUCAAGGGGGGGCCAGGAAAAGGAACCAAACCUCCGGUGGGUCGGAUGGAUAUAGUAGACACAGUCUCUUUGGGGAUUUACAACUCUUGUGAGCAGAGCAGUUAUCAGUUGUAUGAUCUGGCAGACUGCUAUGGUCUUAAAGAGACUGACAUUUAGAGUAAAUAGUUCUUUCAUUUUAAGAAAGCCACAUUGCACCGACAUAGGGAAUCCUUUUCUUUUCACAAAACAUCUGCAAAUCCAAGCUUGAUUAAAGCUGCAGACUGAAAAAACAAUAGCUUGAUCCCACCACAAACAGGACUGAACCUGUAUGUCAAUCCAUCGCUGACAUGUUUAUAGAGAUUGACAUUCUUGCCAUUUAAGUCGAAACAGUGGUAGCCAACUUCUGUAAUUGCUCUCUUGGAAGCAUUGUGCAUCAUCAUUACCCGACCUAGUUGACAUGCGUAUGCCCUUUUUGCAAGACCUUUGACAUUAGCCUUAUUAUUACCUCAUUUUUAAAUGACACAAUUUUUUGGAGAGGCAAUAACAUACAACUGUAAGGAUUGAAGCAAGAUUUAGUAACAAAUGUUUUUGCCUGUCUGCAUUUAAUUCAAUGUGUGAAAUUGAACUAUAUUUCAUCCACUUAUGGGGUUUUGACAAAGCAUUAUAAAGGUAGGAGUCUGCCUGUGAAGUAGGAUGCUGCACAGUAUUUAUUGUAACUGUUGGAUUAACACAUUCAGUUUGCAUUGAUAUAUUGUGUUAUCUUAUUAGAUCAAAAAAUAACAUGUGUUCAGUAGCCUACUUAACUGUACUUUGUCUGCAAAGUUAUUGCUAAUGUGAGAUAAACAAGAUUUUGUUAGAGAUACUUUCUGAUGUAUGUUUGUUAAUGUAAGAUAUAAAUGAGAAAUUAAAAAAAGUAAAACAAGUUGA